AUGUUCAACUUCUAUAAAGAACAUGCUAGAUUGAAAGGUUUUAGUGUUUUCAAAAGAUCAGUAGUUAAUGUACGAGGUGGAUCUCGUAAAUAUCAAACAAUUAGUUACGAUAAAGGAAGGAAAGCAAUUGCUAUGAAAUCAUCAAAGAGGAUAAAUUGUCCUGCAAAGAUUAAUGCAAUCCUAAGAGAAAAUGGAAUGUGGCAGAUUUCAAAAGUUAUUUCAAGUCACAAUCAUGAAUUGGAAGUUUCUAUGUCUAGAUUGAUGGUUGCUCAUAGGUCAUUGAAUAUGGAUAUGAAGAGAUUGGAGGCAAAUGAUAUAGCUGGCAUGAGACCCGCAAAAAGCAUUAGGUUGCUCGAAGUUCAAGCAGGUGGACCAGAAAAUUUAAACUGUUUGUCAAAGGAUUGUCGAAACAUCAUUAAGCGAAAGAGGAGGCUACGACUUGGUGAUGGUGAUGCCGGGUUAUACGUUCAUCCUCGUAGUAGAGGUGCUUACGAGGAAUUCAAUGAUGUUGUCAGUUUUGACACUACUUACCUUUUAAUCAAUGCAAGUUGCCAUUUGCCACCAUUGUUGGAGUAA